CAGGCUCCGCAGUCGGUCCAACCCCGAGACCCCGUCUCUUCCUCCUCCUUUCUCCUUGUUCCUGGUCCAUUUCCUUCUCCAAGACCAAGAGUCUCCACUCUCCAGCAAGCCCUUUCAAAAGAAGAAUCUCCAGCAAGCUUCGUUCUUCUCGGCGACGGGGCGGAGAAAUCCAGUUACAUCUACUAUGACUUCGGUUCCGGAGCUUCAAGCCAUCCAGGCCAAAAUGGGUUCAGCUGGGGAUGAGUUCACCCCACUGUCUCAGUUAGAAUAUGGAAUGGACAAAUGUAAAGUGCGGGUGCGCAUCUCGCGGCUGUGGGAGUCCUUCAAUCCAAAAGAUGACACUUUGUUCGGCCUUGACUGCCUUCUGAUCGACGAUCAGGGUAAAACUAUGCAGGCUCGUGUAGAACCUGGCGAUAUAGAGUGGUUUGAAGAUCUGCUAGUUGAAGGGAAGGUCUAUGUCUUGUCAGAUUUUCAUGUUGAUUCGCAGAGGGACUACUAUAUGUCCUGUAGCAAUGAGUGGACUAUGUACAUUAGAAGGCAGACGGUGGUCACUGAGAUGGAAGGAGAUAUUGAUUCGAUACCCCUCCACAGCUUUGAGUUUGUUAAAUUUAAGGAUCUCCGUUAUAGGUGCGAUGACAACAGCUUAUUGACUGAUGUUCUGGGUCACAUAGUAUAUGUUGGGGAGCUAGAGGAAGUCUCAAAAAAAUCACGCGUUAUAGAAAUUUGCAAUGCAAGAAUUCGGGAUUUGAGAGGAAGGGCACUGAGUGUGACACUGUUUGGAGAUGUUGCUUCUGGUUUUGCUGAGGAUAUGCUCGAGAAAGGCCAAGACGCCUCAGUUGUUGCUGUCUUUGCAGGGAUGUCUGUUACUUCCUCAUCAUCAGUUUGCUCUACAACAUCUUCAAUGUACUAUCUGGAUUUGGAAAUACCAGAGGUGCAAGAAUUCCGUGCGAAUUUGCUCAUUCAGCAGGCAAACCCUGUUCCAGAAAAAACUCCAGCUCAGAAGUUGGCCGAGAGUUGGCGAACAAUCAAACAGCUAAAAAGCCUCGAUCGAGAAGAGUACGAUGAGGAUACCAUGUUUUUGUGCAGAGUCUCCCUGAUAGAUGUAGAUUGCACCAAUGGUUGGUGCUAUCUUGGAUGCGACACCUGCCAAAAGUCGAUGUCCAGGGCUCCAAGGAAAUACAGGUGUGCCCGAUGUGGCCCGAUGAUGCCAGUUCAGUGGUACAAGCUGAAGGCGAAGGUGCAGGAUGCUACCGGCGCAAUGAACCUGAUGAUCUUCUGUGAGGUGGCGGAGGAGCUGGUCGGUGUCUCCGCGGAGGAGCUCGUGAAUAAGAUCGAGGACGAUGAUGAGUGGUACAGCCUGCCAGACGAAAUCGAGGAUCUUAUUGGCUCGACGCACACCUUCGAGGUUUUCGACAAGUACAUGGACGGGAGCUUCUCGGUGAGGUCGAUCAUGGACGAUGCUAGCGUCCCAGCCCCUGCUGCAGCCGCUAGUCAAUGCAAGGAGGAGAAGGCUGACCCUGAGGGAAGCCAGAAGCCUAACAAGCGGCUGCGAGGCGACGACGACUCGAUCAACCUAGAUCUAGGGUUAUAGUGUAUCUAGGGUAAUGCGUCCGAAAGGAUCAGCCAAUGGAGCUUUCUGUUCUUCUCCUACCUGGGAACAACUGCAACUACUGCUGUGAGUCACUGGAUCUAGUGUUAGUGCUGGGUAACAGACCAGAAGCCGUUUAAUCCUUUUGAACAUUGUUUCCCUUGUUAUCAUGGUUGAUGGAGAAUGGGCUUGGCCCAUUUUGGUGACCA